ACCUCCCCAGAAAAAGAAAAAAGAAAUCAGAGAAGAAAAUAAAAUGGCUCGCCGCGACGUUCUCCUCCCUUUCCUCCUCUUUCUUGCCACCGUCUCCGCCGUAGCCUUCGCCGAAGAUGAUCCAGACUGUGUUUACACAUUCUACCUCAGAACGGGAUCGAUCUGGAAAGCAGGAACGGACUCAAUCAUCAGCGCAAGGAUCUACGACAAGUUCGGUGACUACAUCGGAAUCAAGAACCUACAAGCCUGGGCUGGGUUGAUGGGACCUGAUUACAAUUACUUCGAGAGGGGUAAUCUCGACAUUUUCAGCGGGAGAGCACCGUGUUUGCCUAGUCCGAUCUGCGCCUUGAACCUGACCUCCGACGGCUCAGGUGAUCACCAUGGCUGGUACGUGAAUUACGCUGAGGUAACGACGGCUGGUGUCCACGCACAGUGCUCGACUCAGAACUUUGAGAUUGAGCAAUGGCUCGCUACUGAUACUUCUCCUUAUGAGCUCACCGCUGUACGGAACAACUGUCCGGUCUCGCUUAGGGAUAGUGUCAGCCGGGUCGGGUCUGAGAUCCGGAAUAAGCUUUCUUGGGUCGUCUGAGUAAUGUGUUUUUGCGAUUCAUCAUGUCAUGAGAUGAGAGAUUUGUCUCUGUAUUGUUUGUCUUUAUCAUCUUGUGAUCGAGUGUAAUGUGGGCGUUAAUGAAUAAAUUAAACUUCUAGUUAUCUUUAA